AUGGCGCCGUCAUUGAACGCACAUUCGUCCUUCACCCGGCCCCGGACCGGUGACCGUGAUGGUCGGCCCGUCACCCGCGACCAGGCCGACAAUAAUCUUAUCAUUCCGAGUCGUACCUCCUCCCUUCACUCACGCAUCACCCAGCCGAUUCCCUCAACCCUCAACGCAAAGCCCCAGCAGCGAACGCCCAAGACUCUGACCCACGCCUACAUGGUCUGCGGUGUUGGCAGGGAGCCUUCACAAUGGGUAAAGGCUCCUGCCCCUGCUCAGGGCAAGAUAGGUCACAUGAAGGGCGCGGUUGGACAAUUUUGGCUUCCCGAGAUCCUUGGAAGCAGUCCUAGACUUGAGCAAGACAAUGAGAUCGCCAGGUCGUUGCACGCCGCCAUGCGGCAAGAUUCCUCCCAUACACUGUACGGCAUCUGCCUUCGUGUGUGGUCCAGGGCCGACGAGAAAAGAGCCGAAACCAUUCGGGAUCUGCGCAAGAGGACCGAACCUGACUACUAUGAUAACCCGGAUGAGACUUAUUGGAUUCCCUACUGCCUGUCCUUCUUGUCUCGGUACCCGCUCUACAAUCUGCUCGGAGACUAUCUGCGCGGCAUGUGGAUCCACUGGAACAAAGCCACCAACUUGUUUCAUGCCGAAGAGGUCUCGCGCAUUCUGAGCUUUCCUGCCCCGAGGCUGAACGACUUGGUUCGAAUCGACAUGAAGGAUUAUGCUUUGUGUUAUCAAUUCCCCUCUUCGCCGACUGGCUUCCAGAAUUUCGCGAUGUGGCCAUUGUUUUGCUGUUUGUCUAUCCCGAACAUUGUCGGCGUUGUUGAGGCUGCCAUUUCACCCACUCGCCGCAUCAUUUUUGUCAGCCACUACCCUGCCAUGCUUACCAUGGCCGCAGAGACCGUCCGAUACUGCGUUCGCGUCUAUGAGUGGAGCGGUCUUUACGUUCCCGUCGUACACGCACGCCAUGCCAAGGAUCUGGUCCAGGAACCAGGCCCGUACAUCCUCGGUAUCACUGCUGAGUGUCGCUCUCUCUUUACUGCGCCCACCGACGCAUUGGUCAUCGAUCUCGACCGCAAUUUUGUUCUCACAUCCAGCCCUCCGACCGCAUUGAACCCUGGUCAGCGCAACAAGUUUGUGACCCGCCUCACUCAAUCUCUCAACGGCGAUGUCACGCCUUCCGGAGUCCCCCCGCAUCUCCGAUCGGCUUACGGAGGAGGAAAGCUGGUCCCGGCCGGCCAGAUUAUCGUUAUGCGCGGCGAAGUCGAGUCAAUUCAGGACCCCGAAUGGUGGAACCAGGACGCGGUGAUGACGGUCAUGGAUCACGUUUGCGAGAAGAUGGGUCGAAACACUGGCAUCAAGGCUGUCUUUGGGGGCUCUGUAAAGAAGCCUCUUAUGACCAAGGUUUCUAUGAGACAUCUGAAUGAAAUAGUUCGGGAGAGAAACCAGUACUCCCGUGAUGCUCUUGAGGCCUGGCAGGAUUUCAUCAACCUCAAGGGUCGCAUGGACACCGAGCUGAAUAAGGUCACGAAGCGCAACAACUAUCUCAAUGAAGAGUUGGAGAGUUGGAAACAGCAGUUUCUCAAGUUCCAGGCCUUUGCCGAGCAGCUUACCAAAGAGACACAGGAUCUCAAGGUCAAGAUCGAAACUCAUAAGAGGGAGAACAGACGCCUUGCCGGUCUCAUCGACCAGCAGAAAGACGACAACUCGCGACUCAACGUCCGCCUCGGUGCGACCGAGAAGCAGCGUGAUGAUGCACUAGAGGCUUUGGUUCUCCAGCAGGAGAUUGCCGAGGAGCUCGAGCGAGAGCGUAAGCGCAACAAAAAGGAGCUUGCUGCACUUCAACACACCAACGUUACCAUCCUUAGGCAGCGUGACGAGGCUCGCCGUGUGGUGCUUCACCUGCGUAGUCUUAUUGGGGGCCAGAGCCAUCACAUGGAGCAUCUCGUUCAGUCUCUUACCAAGCCUGAUGACCUGGAGCGCGAGAUCGAGGAGGGCUACGACCCUGAGGAGGUCGAUGGUGAGGCGCUUAGAGAUGCUGAUGCCAACCAGGCGCGCCUUCUCUCUGCUGCCGCACAGGCCAACAAAAGACUCUCGACGUCUAGCUUCAAGGACGUGGCCGAUCGCCAUCUGAAGGACAAAACUGAUGCGAUCGCGCACAUCAUCAGAAACAUUGCUGAGCAGUGUCAGGCAGCUGUUGAAGGUCUGCAGUUGGCUCAGGAUGCCGAGAUUGACGAACGCGCCGCGAAACUUCGCGCCCAGCGCCGUCGUAGCAACCUCUCCGCCGCCGGUCAGAGUGACGAUGGCCAUGACACGCAGUCGAAUGCCACGUCUGAGAUGGGUGAGGACAGCCUCUUGCAUCCUGUAUCUGGCAGGACAUCUAGCAUCCCACCCACCCCCGAUCUGGUCCCCAACAGGAGCAGCACGGCGAUGUCCUUCGCUUCUAGCGCUGCCACCCCUGAGCGGUCAAGUCAGCAGUACAUGAUCCGGGAUGAUAUUCCAACGAAAAUCGUUGAGGACGAUGAGGACUUCGAGGACGAGCGCAGCGAGUCCGAAUCCAUGCCGCCACAGCACGGCGUCGUCGGCAAGCAUAAUGACGGUCUUAUCCACCGGCCGUCGGGCGCCCGCAUCAGCGCUCUGGGUGGAACCCGCUAA